GUCAGUGCUUGUAUGAACAUCAGUCUACUGAGGCCUGUCUCCUUCUCCUGGACAAACUGGACUAUCAUCUAGACCUGAGUGGAGAACAUCUUGAUCCUCACCAGUGCUGUGCAGUGUCUUAUGUGACCAGUCAGUCUGCAGAGAGAAAGGUUGGCUUGGACCUGAACGACUGCAUUGUGUCAGACCAAGGAGUAAGGCUGAUACUGGGCUCUCUGAAGAAUGUCAGACAUCUUGGGCCCUCCUCUGGUGAUUCAUCUGACCCCUCAAUGCUGUGUCAACUCUGGACAACUUUGCUGAGCAGUGUGGCAGAGAUGGACUUCACCAGCUUACUUGGUCUCUGUGGAAAUGAGUUGCACCUUCCAGUCCAGGGUGAAAGACGAAUGUUUGAGAGAGCAGAAGAAGUGAUGAAGCAGAGUCUAGAGAGGGUUCAUCUCUGUCUACACUGGGGUCAGAGUACUCUUCUCAGUGAAGCUCUCAGCAAAACCAUUUUAGACUGUUUAUCACAUAUCAACAAACUCAGGUUUACCCCACUAGAACAUCAGAGAGGAUCCCCUGAAAGACUGGAGACAGAAGAGAAAGCAGUCCUACUAGAUUUGUGUCUACAAGCAGCACUAGAUCACAGAGAAACCUUCCAGAGAGCUGUGAACACACUGCUGUCACUGUUCUCUGUGUAUCAAACUGAGAGAUAUGACAUCCUGCUGGAUCUGUACUCACAUGUGAAGGACUAUGAGACUCAAACAUGCAGGACUCUGAGUUUCCGUCCAUGGUGGCCUGAACACUCAAAGCGGAUCAAGUUCCUGGUGGAUCUCCUGUCUCAAGCAGCAGAGUGGGAGGAGCAGACAGGAGAGAAGACACUGAAGCUGGUAUCAUCAGUGUGGACUUACAGCACCUUUCCUUUUCUCAGUGUAGACAAUUCUAAACAGAGUGAUUUCCUGCUGGAUCUUUUCUAUCCAAGGAGGUCUGAUCACUCAAAGCAGAUCAAGUUCCUGGUGGAUCUCCUGUCUCAAGCAGCAGAGUGGGAGGAGCAGACAGGAGAGAAGACACUGAAGCUGGUAUCGUCAAUGUGGACUUACAGCACUUUCCCCUUCAGUGAUGAUGAAGAUGAUGAUGAUUAUGAGAAUAAGGAAUAUCAAUGUGAUUUCCUGCUGGAUCUUUUCCUUCAGUGUCUGCCCUACAUCUCACAGCUGAGCUGUGAUGAUGACAGGUUCUUCCAGAGGGUGUGUGAAUCCGUCCCUGUGAGGUCCAGAGAGGAGGACCAGCAGUUGGCCUCUCUCCUCCAGGCCUUGGGCUCCACCCUGUCACUGGGAGGAGAGUUACCCAGGAAAACCUGCAGGUCUGUGGGGAGAGUCCUGGGUCUCUGUGCCUCCAGAGUGGACCUCACUCUUACCCCCAGCAAGAUCUCUCUCCAAGGAGCCUUACUUAUUGUGAGACAUGAGUCAAAGCUACACAAGCUCAGGCUGAAUGUGGGCAUGGCAGUGAAACUGUCCAGACUGGUUAGGAGGACAGGGAGAGGUGCUACUCCACUGACUGUCCCAGAGCUCUCCCUGGUCCUAAAGAGCAACCAGCCACCAGAGAGAGUGUUAUCCAGGGCUCUGAGUAGUGUGGCAUCCCUGCUGAGACUCUGGAGGGUUCAGUGUCUGGACCUGACUGACUUCUGGAUCCAGGGUCACUCUCUCAUCACACUGCUGUGUCACCAGGGACCUCUCUCUCUCAGACUGAACUCAGACACUCUGCAGCAGCUGACUGUAGUUGUGUAUGAAGCUCAGGACAAGGACUUGACUCAGUGGUUCCUGGAGAAGGUUGGUGGAGACCUACCUCCUGCAGGCUAG